AUGGUGGUUAAAGCGUAUCUUUUUUACAGAUAAAAAACAAGAAAAGGGCAAAACAUCUAACAAGCCUUUUGAAUUAUAGCGCAAUAAUAAACCUAACAUAAUCUAAAGUGUCUAUCUAUACAAAACUGGACAGUUCAGAGACAUCAGCAAUCCCCGCCCAAUUUGGUGUGACUGUCCCUUUGGAGUGGAAUCCCUUUAAUACGGACAGUAAGUAGCUAGCUAGUCGAAACUAUUAUUGUAACUGUCUGCUAAUAAUUUCGUGGCAAAAUAACAUUAGCUCCAUGGUGCAUGAACGAAUUUAUACAGUUUCUGCCUCAAUGCCAUCCUUUUGCAUCGUUGCCUAGUUAGUUGUGGAUUUAAUGAAAUGUCAAUGGUUUACUGUGUCGGAGUCUGUUAGCUCGCAAGCUAACGUUAGUAGGCCGCAGUCGCUAACUAGCUAGCUAACUCCGAAUGCCAGCUUGGUUCUGAAGUUAUCUUGUUGGCUAAUGUUAGCCUUUUAGCACUUUCGUUGGUUAACAAGCUGUCACUUUGUAUUCACACGACAGUGCCUGUCAUGUGAACUUUGGGUAUUUGCUCAACGCGAAAUGCCAAAUGGACGGCAUUUUACUCGUUGACUUGGAUCUUACUCAUAUUUUAUUGUGUGGGCAUCUGACCGGCUUUUUGCGAGCUAGCUAACUAACAUAUGUUAUGCCGCGAGUUAAAACAGGAGAGAACCAUUGAAAACCUUUAGCAACAUGCUAACGUUAAUUUGCUAACUAGUUGGCUAACAUAGUAUCAGUCAUCUGACAUUUGCUGCUUACUUGUACGCCUGCAUCAUUUGUUGAGCGAGUGGAUAGGGGCGCGAAUGUCGGCUGUAGUUUAGCAACGGAUUUUGAAAUAGGCAUUUUACCAAUUUUAUUGUAUUGGAAAGUACCUAAUGUUAGUUGGCUAACUAGUGUUACCCUUGGCGCUAACGUUAGCUAGAAUGUAGUCUAGCUAGUUUAUCAAUGACAGUUACUUGCAAUCAACUAGCUAGCUCACUGGUUCAGUGACUACCAAUUUGCAAUCUACAUUAAAGACCAACGCUAGUUCAUCCUCAACAAACCCCAAGAUUCAAUAGGCCUGUUUUUUUUUUUUUUUCAAUCAGCCUUUGAUAUACUGCAGUUGACAGCUACAAGAUGGCACGCCCUCCUACUGUCAAAACAACACCACAAAAUAUAUUUGUGGCUGGCUGUCCUUACCACAAUCUGCUACUUGUUAACAAGCUGUUGCCAAUGACCUGGAACUAACACAGGCAGAAGUUAGUGAUGAUCCUCAUAACAUUCAGUUUAGACUACUUGAUAUUAAGACAUCCCUUUACCAGUACCACUAGCUAAGGGAGCAGGUCUGAUUUAGGCCUACGUUUUGCGUUGUCGCUAGUGUACUAUUCAUGUUCUCCACUAAACAGCUUUCCAUCCAACCUUUUUUAUGCGAGUAAAGUACGUCAGAUAAAUAAAUAAAAAGUCACUACAGGGUUGAUGGAAACAGCACAUUUGUCAGUACAUUUUGCAAAUGUCGACUAAACAAAAUACUCUAGAAGAGUUGGGAUCUUUUUGUGUUGGUAAAAAAUUUUUUUGCGAGAAAUGUCGUCGGAAAUGCUUUUAUGUGCAAUUAUUGAUAUAAUAACCAUCAUAUCAAAGUACAUUUGAGUAACGCGAUGAUAUUGUGUGGUCCUUAUUAGGCUGCAGAUUAAAUACAUGAUUAAUUUAACAGGGUGAUGAAAGUGUAAGGUGAUGAGCUUGAUGCUCCUUUACAUUAAAUAUUGAGGGUUUUAUUCUGGUGACAUGAUGAUCGAUGUUUGGCUGCUGUUGACAAAUAAAAAUGUCACUCUUUUGUCCAUAAUAAUCUCAUCAUGUAGAUAGCCAACCCACACUGUAUCUGCGAGCUGUUGGCUAGAGCUGGUGCCAAAACCAUCAGUAGAGUUGAAAAUGGGAUGGAAACACAUUGAACCUGUGUUUUUUUUAUUCGGUCAUCACGCACAGCCUGUUAUCAGCAACAAGUCAAUUAGAUGAAAACACAUCUCUGGAUGGAACAUUUGCAUAUUGCUUUUAUGCAGAUUUUAGAAUAUUUGCAUAAAUCUGUUGCCUAUUGAAUGGAAGCCUAGCUAUUGUUUACAAUUUAUUUACCUACUUCAAAAAUAGUCCAAAAAUAGUUUCUGAGUAGCAGAAUUGCCUUUCCAGUCUCUAUCCUGUCUCAUCUGCCCAUGAAAUGAAAUAAUGUAUAUUUAUUGCUGCACUUUUGCACAAUGACUGCUCCUUUUUAUCGAUCUCAUUGUUUUAUGUUAUGUGUAUAUCGGUUGUAUGGUUGUCACUGUUUUUAUUGUUGAAUCCUGACUGCACAACACAUUUCCCAAUUGGGACAAUAAAGAUAACUUGAUCUCUUACUAAAGUUGAACACAACAGAUAGUUUCUAAGUAGCUGAAUUGUCUCUCUACUUUCGAUCCUCUCCCAUCCCAUACUACGCUCCUCCCUCCCAGCCCGUGACCAGCCGUGACACCUGCUCCCUUCACCGUGCCGUAGGAUGUCCCACAGCCCCGAGAUUAAGGAAGACCCUAUGGAGUGCCCUCUGUGCAUGGAGCCGCUGGAGAUUGACGACGUCAACUUCUUCCCCUGCACCUGCGGCUACCAGAUCUGCCGCUUCUGCUGGCACCGCAUCCGCACAGACGAGAACGGCCUCUGCCCCGCCUGCAGAAAGGUACGUAACCUAUCCUAACCACUAACCCUAGCCCUUCUCCUACACUUCUGCUGGCACCGCAGCCACACAGACGAGAACGGCCUCUGCCCCGCCUGCAGAAAAUAGGCUGGCUGACUGGGUGGGGGACUGAUACCCAGUUCGACGGUGACCAGGAACAAAUGUUGAUGUCAAUGCAGGGGUUAUGGAAAUGUGACAUACAGUCUAGUACAGGGCUCUCCAACCCUGUUCCUGGAGAGCUACCCUCACUGUAGGUUUUCGUUUCAACCCCAGUUGUAACUAACCUGAUUCAGUUUAUCAACCAGCUAAUUAUUAGAAUCAGGUGCGCUAGAUUAGGGUUGGAGCGAAAACCUACAGGACGGUAGCGCUCCAGGAACAGAGUUGGAGAGUACUGUUGUAUUAUAAUGUAAUACUACUUUAUUCUUCCAACAGAGACAGAAAUGAUUCUACUCUGCUCCUAACUCUCCCCCAGAAGGAUAUACCUAUAGUAUGUACAGGUGAGUUUACCUGUCUUUCUAUCUCUUCCCCCUGACAUUCAGCCGUACCCGGAGGACCCUGCGGUGUACAAGCCUCUGUCACAGGAGGAGAUCCAGAGGAUAAAGAACGAGAAGAAGCAGAAACAGACCGAGAAGAAACAGAAGGUGACAGAGAACAGGAAGCACCUGGCCAGCGUCAGGGUAGUUCAAAGAAACCUGGUCUUCGUGGUCGGGCUCUCUCAAAGGCUGGCAGACCCAGAGGUGAGACACACACACACACACCGAGAGAGAAAUGGAGCAGAGAAACCUAGUGUUCGAGUCGACAAUAUAAGCCUUCUACAUUAAUAUACACUGAGUGUACAAAACAUUAGGAACAUGUCUUUCCAUGACAUAGACUGACCAGGUGAAAGCUAUGAUCCCGUAUUGAUGUUACUUGUUAAAUCCACUUCAAUCAGUGUAGAUGAAGGGGACGAGACAGGUUAAAGAAGGAUUUUUAAGCCAUGGGUUGAGACAUGGAUUGUGUGUGUGUGCCAUUCAGAAGGUGAAUGGGCAAGACACAAUAUUUAAAUGCCUUUGAACGGGGUAUGGUAGUAGAUGCCAGGCAAACCAGUUUGUGUGAAGAACUGCAACGCUGCUUAAUUUUUCACGCUCAACAUUUUCCCAUGAGUAUCAAGAAUGGUCCACCUCCCAAAAAGGACUUCCAGCCAACUUGACACAACUGUAGGAAGCAUUGGAGUCAACAUGGGCUAUCAUUCCUGUGAAAUGCUUUCAACACCUUGUAGAGUCCAUGUCCCGAUGAAUUGAGGCUGUUCUGAGGGCAAAAGGGGGUGCAACUCAAUAUUAGGAAGGUGUUCCUAAUGUUUGGUAUACUCAAUGUAGAUAUACUAUAUCAAGAUAGGCCUAGAUCUUUUUAGUUUUUUGUUAAGGUUGCAAAAUGCCAGGAAGCUUUCCUGAAAUUCCCAGGUUUUCCAGAAAUUGGGAAUCCUACCACUAGGAUUUUUUGGAAAACCUGGGGAUUUUGUGAGUUUCCUGAGUUUUGUAACCCUAGUUGAAGUACCCUUUGAGGGUUUUUCUCUUAAAGCCUCACCGACCCAGAGGUGAGUCCAUCACCAGUAGUGGAGGAGACAUCUAGGUACUUAGUUGUUAUAGGAUGUCCAUAUUUUCCUCAUCUGUUUUCAGCUAAAUGCCAUAGGUUUCUUCUGUAAGUAAAAAAUAAUGUGAGUAUACUAUCCCAUUCCCUCUACAGUUAACCCAUGCAUACCUUUUUGCCUGGGCAAUGUUUUUUGCUGCUUAUGCGCUGAGUACAUAGUUGUAUCAUAGAGUACUUGAUGUCCACAGAUGCCGAUGGAGAUAAAAGCAUUUAGCACAUUGAUUGGAAAUAAUUUGAACACGCGCCAAAUCUCCUAAAGUCCCCACCCCUCCACUUUGCUUCAGUCAUUAAAGGGAUACUGCGAGAUUUCGAGACUUGGUGUCGUUUUUCUCAUAUAGAUGUAUAGAGGUCACAACGUUGUAUCUGUCCCGUGGGCAGCGUCUGUGAGCCCGUGGGCAGCGUCUGUGAGCCCGUGGCCAGCGUCUGUGAGCCCGUGGCCAGCGUCUGUGAGCCCGUGGGCAGUGCCAUUCAGAUGGAUACAACGUUGCGAUCUCUAUAAUUCUCUAUGUGACAACGGGCCAGAGAAUGAGGAAGUGGAUAAAAUCUAUUUUUUAAAAGAUUAUCAGUAAAAUUUAACGAAUGUAUGAAAUAUUGAUGACUAUGUAUAGCUUAUUAGCUUUGUAAGUAAAUGACCAACCACACAGCUUUGGGUAGUUAGAUUUAUUUCCCUGCUUUUGAGAGGAGCUGGCUAAUGUACCGGAAGACUUCCAGCAAUUGCGCUAAGCUAACGAUAUGCUGACUUCAAUCAUCUCCAAACUGCACACAGAGACAUAAAAAUGGUAUCCAUGAGCUCUUCUGACUCUGGGGAAGUAGAACAAGGACCUACAUCUCGCAGUAUCUCUUUAAGUCGGGGCUCCCCAACCCUGUUCCUGGAGCGCUACCGUCCUGUAGGUUUUCGCUCCAACCCUAAUCUAGCGCACCUGACUAAUAAUUGGCUGGUUGAUAAGCUCAAUCAGGUUAGUUACAACUGGGGUUGGAGCAAAAACCUAAAGGAGGGUUGCUCUCCAGGAACAGCGUUGGAGUAAAAACCUAAAGGAGGGUUGCUCUCCAGGAACAGGGUCGGAGUUAAAACCUAAAGGAGGGUUGCUCUCCAGGAACAGGGUCAGAGUUAAAACCUAAAGGAGGGUUGCUCUCCAGGAACAGGGUCAGAGUUAAAACCUAAAGGAGGGUUGCUCUCCAGGAACAGGGUCAGAGUUAAAACCUAAAGGAGGGUUGCUCUCCAGGAACAGGGUCGGAAUAAAAACCUAAAGGAGGGUUGCUCUCCAGGAACAGGGUCGGAGAGCCCUGCUUUAAGUAGUUAGACGAAGAUUUCAUCUCGCUAUUCUGUUACCUGAUCAUAUUUCUGGUCUGCUGACCUAGCUGUACUUGUUUCCCCUCUCAACUGUAUUUAUUAAGGUCUGUUUGUGAAACAUGUCUCAAUCAUCAUUCCUGUCUUCGUUUUUUCCACAGGUUCUAAAAAGGCCAGAGUAUUUUGGGAAGUUUGGGAAAAUACACAAGGUGGUCAUCAACAACAGCACAUCAUAUGCAGGUUCACAGGUAAGAACUGGUUCUAUGUGGCUCAGUUGGGAGGAGGGCGGCUCAGUUGGGAGGAGGGCGGCUCAGUUGGGAGGAGGGCGGCUCAGUUGGGAGGAGGGCGGCUCAGUUGGGAGGAGGGCGGCUCAGUUGAGUUGUAUCGCUGCAGGGAUCACAUACACAUACUAAAAUAUAUAAACUCAGCAAAAAAAAGAAACGUCCUCUCACUGUCAACUGCGUUUAUUUUCAGCAAACUUAACAUGUGUAAAUAUUUGUAUGAACAUAACAAGAUUCAACAACUGAGACUGAACAAGUUCCACAGACAUGUGACUAACAGAAAUUGAAUAAUGUGUCCCUGAACAAAGGGGGGGUCAAAAUCAAAAGUAACAGUCAGUAUCUGGUGUGGCCACCAGCUGCAUUAAGUACUGCAGUGCAUCUCCUUCUCAUGGACUGCACCAGAUUUGCCAGUUCUUGCUGUGAGAUGUUACCCCACUCUUCCACCAAGGCACCUGCAAGUUCCCGGACAUUUCUGGGGGGAAUGGCCCUAGCCCUCACCCUCCGAUCCAACAGGUCCCAUACGUGCUCAAUGGGAUUGAGAUCCAGGCUCUUCGCUGGCCAUGGCAGAACACUGACAUUCCUGUCUUGCAGGAAAUCACACACAGAACGAGCAGUAUGGCUGGUGUCAUGCUGGAGGGUCAUGUCAGGAUGAGCCUGCAGGAAGGGUACCACAUGAGGGAGGAUGAUGUCUUCCCUGUAACGCACAGCGUUUACAUUGCCUGCAAUGACAACAAGCUCAGUCCGAUGAUGCUGUGACACACCGCCCCAGACCAUGACGGACCCUCCACCUCCAAAUCGAUCCCGCUCCAGGGUACAGGCCUCGGUGUAACGCUCAUUCCUUCGAUGAUAAACGCGAAUCCGACCAUCACCCAUGGUGAGACAAAACCUUGACUCGUCAGUGAAGAGCACUUUUUGCCAGUCCUGUCUGGUCCAGCGACGGUGGGUUUGUGCCCAUAGGCGACGUUGUUGCCGGUGAUGUCUGGUGAGGACCUGCCUUACAACAGGCCUACAAGCCCUCAGUCCAGCCUCUCUCAGCCUAUUGCGGACAGUCUGAGCACUGAUGGAGGGAUUGUGCGUUCCUGGUGUAACUCGGGCAGUUGUUGUUGCCAUCCUGUACCUGUCCCGCAGGUGUGAUGUUCAGAUGUACUGAUCCUGUGCAGGUGUUGUUACACAUGGUCUGCCACUGCGAGGACGAUCAGCUGUACGUCCUGUCUCCCUGUAGCACUGUCUUAGGCGUCUCACAGUACGGACAUUGUAAUUUAUUGCCCUGGCCACAUCUGCAGUCCUCAUGCCUCCUUGCACCAUGCCUAUGGCACGUUCACGCAGAUGAGCAGGGACCCUGGGCAUCUUUUCUUUUGGUGUUUUUCAGAGUCAGUAGAAAGGCCUCUUUAGUGUCCUAAGUUUUCAUAACUGUGACCUUAAUUGCCUACCAUCUGUAAGCUGUUAGUGUCUUAAAGACCGUUCCACAGGUGCAUGUUCAUUAAUUGUUUAUGGUUCAUUGAACAAGCAUGGGAAACAGUGUUUAAACCCUUACCGAUCACUGCACCUGAACACAGCCCAUCUGUAAUUAGCCCACCCAACUACCUCAUCCCCAUAUUGUUAUUUACAUUUGCUCAUUUGCACCCCAGUAUCUCUAUUUGCACAUCAUCUUCUACACAUCUAUCACUCCAGUGUUAAUACUAAAUUGUAAUUAUUUUGCACUAUGGCCUAUUUAUUGCCUUACCUCCAUAACUUACUACAUUUGCACACACUGUAUAUAGAUUUUCUAUUGUAUUAUUGACUGUACGUUUUGUUUACCCCAUAUGUAACUCUGUGUUGUUUUUAUCGCACUGCCUUGCUUUAUCUUGGCCAGGUCGCAGUUGUAAAUUAGAACUUGUUCUCAACUGGCUAACCUGGUUAAAUAUAUAUAUAUAUAUAUAUAUAUAUAUAUAUAUAUAUAUAUAUAUAUAUAUAUAUAUUUUUUUUUUUUUUUUAAAUUAAAAAAUGAAGAUCUGUGAAGUUAUUUGGAUUUUUACAAAUUAUCUUUGAAAAACACUGUCCUGAAAACGGGACGUUUCUUUUUUUUGCUGAGUUUACAUACUCACUGUACUGUCAAUUACUUUGGAGGAAAGUGCCUGCUAAGUGAGAGAUCAUAAGAAGUGGGAUUGAAUUCAAAAGCAAGUGGGUUCGUCUCAAAUGUAAAAUAGGAAGGUGGUGACAUGAACUACAUCUCUAAUAAAAAAUUAGCUGUGUGUUUCUUAUGACCUAUUCUGAAUAUUAUUUUCACUGUUUUCUGAUCCACAGGGUCCCAGUGCCAGUGCAUAUGUCACCUAUAUCCGCUCUGAAGACGCCCUCCGAGCGAUACAAUGUGUAAACAAUGUAGUAGUGGACGGCAGAACACUCAAGGUGACCGGAACAGACAUUCUCGGACGCAGAUUAAACCAAAUCCUGGAUUACAAUUGUCAAUGGAGAUAUUCCAUUGAGCUUGUGUUUUAGUCCAGGACUAGGCUUAAUCUGUGUCUGGGAAACUGGUCCUAGAAGUAACUGUUUUGUUGACGUAUUGUAAGGAAUGUUAUCAAAUAAAGGACUAUCUAAUCUUAAAUGCUGUAUGACCUUUGUCUUAGAUAAGUAAUAAUAUGAUGCAUUAGAGGGCACCUCAACUGAAGAGAACAUUCAUCACAAGUAGAUUUUAACUGAGCUUUCCUUUCUGUAUGUUUUUUCAAAAAUGCAGGCUUCUUUAGGUACAACAAAAUACUGCAGUUACUUCCUCAAAAGCAUGCAGUGUCCCAAACCAGACUGUAUGUAUCUACAUGAGCUGGGGGAUGAGGCAGCUAGCUUUACUAAAGAGGAGAUGCAGGUAAACAAACCUUUUAUUCUUCCUGUGUGAUUGUUGGUGGGUGACUAGAGAUGCCAGAUGUACUUUCUCUUGACGUCAUGCGGUGUACUUGCCUGUGUGUCUACCUUGUCCCGGGUUAGAUCAUGUUCUUCCUAUUCUCUUGGAGGAUGUUUCUGUAUCUGCCUUUCCAACCAUGUUCUUACUUAAAGGGGCUUUGGACCUCAGCAUUAAUGUUAUUUUGAAGCUAGCCUGGUCCCACAUCUGUUUGUGCUGUAUAAUCAACUCACAUGGUCGUUGUCAUGCCAGAUCUGGGUCUAGGUAGAAGCUGUGAUGCGUUUGAAUUGAGUCAGGUGUCUGUGGUGAACAGUGGGAGCAUUGUGUCAGGUGUCUGUGGUGAACAGUGGGAACAUUGUGUCAGGUGUCUGUGGUGAACAGUGGGAGCAUUGUGUCAGGUGUCUGUGGUGAACAGUGGGAGCUUUGUGUCAGGUGUCUGUGGUGAACAGUGGGAGCAUUGAGUCAGGUGUCUGUGGUGAGCAUUGAGUCAGGUGUCUGUGGUGAACAGUGGGAGCAUUGUGUCUGUGGUGAACAGUGGGAGCUUUGUCAGGUGUCUGUGGUGAACAGUGGGAGCAUUGUGUCAGGUGUCUGUGGUGAACAGUGGGAACAUUGUGUCAGGUGUCUGUGGUGAACAGUGGGAGCAUUGUGUCAGGUGUCUGUGGUGAACAGUGGGAGCUUUGUGUCAGGUGUCUGUGGUGAACAGUGGGAGCUUUGUGUCAGGUGUCUGUGGUGAACAGUGGGAGCUUUGUGUCAGGUGUCUGUGGUGAACAGUGGGAGCAUUGUGUGUUAUGAUUCACUGCUUAAAUGACUUAACGUUAUUAUGUUUGUCCUUUAGGCCGGGAAACACCAAGAAUACGAGCAGAAACUACUCCAGGACCUCUACAAAAUGAACCCCAGCUUUCUACAAACCUCAACGUGUGCAGGGGAAAAGUCAAAAAGCAGAUCUUCAAAUUCUACACAAAGGUAUGUUUUGGUUCUCCUCCCUCUACCCAACAGAAAAUAUUUGUCCUGGAGGCCUCUAUCGAUUUGUUCCACACAACAUCCCUUUAUUGGAUAUUUGUUCAUUUAUCACAGCAGACCGAACAACGGCAAUGGCAAGGAUGGGUGGCCGACGCUAUCGGGGUAUGGUGGCAAACUGGCCAAUGGGCUGUCAGAGGACAGGAAGUCUCCUCCGCUGCUAGACUGCUGCCUGGACCCAGAUGUCAUGACCUCAGACGGGUUAGGACUUGGCCUGGGGCUGGACACCGAGUUGGGUGCUGCCCUGUCCCCCUUCUCCUCUAACUGUGACAGCAACAGGUAAUAUGGAACAAGGGUUCUCAAACGUUUUGGGGCUGUGGACCCCUUUUGUGAAAGCACCCCCUCAUAGUCAGAACAGAACUUGAGUUUGAUUUAAAAAAAUAAAAAUACAUCGCCUACAAGGAGUUUUAUUAUGACGUCUGUAGUAUGGUCAGAUGAACCAAGUCUCAGCCCCGUGGAAAAAACAUUUAAAAGGCACACCUCUUAGCAUUGGAGAGAAAAUGUUGCACCUUUAAAGCUAAUUUCCUGUAAUUCUACACAUUUUGUCAUGGGGCAGAGAUUUUUUAUUGUUGCAGCUGUCAAGCUAAUAUCCUGUAAUUCUACACAUUUUGCCAUGAGGCAGAGAGAACUUUGCUGUUUUUAAAGCUUAUAUUAAAGUGCAGUUAUGUAAAACCUAAAAAAAAUGGGGGGAAUAGUAUUGAGUUGAAAAAUGUAUAAUUGGUGGAUUACUGUGGAUACCAUUAUGCCUGUGAGCCUCCAAGGUCCAUGUUGCCCAGGGUUAAGAACCUAAAUUGUAGAUUAAUAAUAUUACACACUUGUAAAUUAAUCCAUGGAUCCCUUGGCCAAAAGUAUCUUUGUAAUAUUCAUUUAAAAAAUGUGUGUGUGGAUAGAUGGAUAUAUAGAGAUCUGGCUGCGGGCCCCAUGCAGUACCAUGACCCCAUUUUGAGAACCCCUGAUAUACAGUGCCUUCAGAAAGUAUUCAUACCCCUUGACUUAUUCCACAUUCUGUUGUUACAGCCUGAAUUCAUAUAUUUUUUUAAAUAUAUAUAUUUCUGUCCAUCUACACACAAUACCCCAUAAUGACAGUGAAAACAUGUUUUUAGAAAUUUGUGCGCAUUUAUUGAAAAUGAAAUACAGAAAUAUCUAAUUUACAUAAGUAUUCACACCCCUGAGUCAAUACUUUGUAGAAUCAUCUUUGACAGCGAUUACAGCUUUCUGGGUAAGUCUCCUAAGAGCUUUCCACACCUGGAUUGUACAAUAUUUGCCCAUUUAUUCUUUUCAAAAUUCUUCAAGCUCUGUCAAGUUGAUCAUUGCUAGACAACCAUUUUCAGGUCUUACCAUAGCUUUUAAAGUAGAUUUAAGUCCAAACUGUAACACGGCCACUCAGGAACAUUCACUGUUUUCUUGGUAACCAACUCCAGUGUAGAUUUGGCCUUGUGUUUGAGGUUAUUGAAAGGUAAAUUCAUCUUCCAGUGUCUGGUGGAAAACAGACUGAACCAGGUUUUCCUCUAGGAUUUUGCCUGUACUUAGCUCCAUUCUGUUUAUUUUUUAUCCUGAAAAACUCCCCAGUUCUUAACGAUUGCAAGCAUACCCAUAACAUUAUGCAGCGACCACUAUGCUUGAAAAAUGGAGAGUGGUACUCAGUAAUGUGUAAUAUAUUGGAUUUGCCCCAAACUUAACACUUUGUACUCAGAACAAAAAGUUAAUUGCUUGCCACAUUUUUUGCAGUAUUGCUUUAGUGCCUUAUUGCAAACAGGAUGCAUGUUUUGGAAUAUUUUUAUUCUUUACAGGCCUCCUUUUCACUCUGUCAAUUAGUUUAGUAUUGUGGAGUAACUGCAAUGUGGUUGAUCCAUCCUCAGUCUUCUCCUAUCACAGCCAUUAAACUCUAACUGUUUUAAGGUCAUCAUUGGCCUCAUGGUGAAAUUCCUGAGCGGUUUCCUUCCUCUCCAGCAACUGAGUUAGGAAGGACGCCUCUAUCUUUGUAAUGACUGGGUAUAUUGACACACCAUCUAAAGUGUAAUUAGUAACUUCACCAUGCUCAAAGGGGUAUUCAAUGUCUGCUUAAUUUAUUUUUUACCCAUCUACCAAUAGGUGCCCUUCUUUGUGAGGCAUUGGAAAACCUCCCUGGUCUUUGUGGUUGAAUCUGUUUGAAAUUCACUGCUCGACUGAGGGACCUUACAGAUAAUUGUAUGUGUGGGGUACAGAGAUGAGGUAGUCAUUCAAAAAUCAUGUUAAACACUAUUAUUGUACACAGUCAGUCCAUGCAACUUAUUAUGUGACUUGUUAAGCACAUUGUUACUCCUGAACUUAUUUAGGCUUGCCAUAACAAUGAGUUUGAAUACUUAUUGUAAAAAUUGUGAAAAACAUUAUUCCACUUUGACAUUAUGGGGUAUUGUAUGUAUGCCAGUGACGACAAAAAUCUCAAUCUAAUUUAAAUUCAGGCUUUAACACAACAAAAUGUGGAAAAAGUCAAGGGGUGUGAAUACUUUCUGAAGGCAUUUUAGAAUAAUAUUACUUUAUUAGUCAAUUUUACAAUUACAACAGAAAUGUUAAAGUAACAGGUAAUAUACAGUGGAGGGUUAAACCAAGCUGUACUGAGAAGCCAGGCAGUACUAUUCUGUACUGGUUAUGCAUUCACUGUUGUUGCUGGAAACGUGCUGAAAAGGACUGUGUGAACAGAGAAUCCAAGCCAGCCCAGUUUGGUUCAGGUCAGCACAAUAGAGUGAAAAGGUUAUAACUCACAGGCCAGACUGGUCUCCUUUUGGACCCUUUUAAAUGCUGGUGGUGGUGGUGGUGGUGGUGGGCCGUGAAGAUCAUAGUCUGUUUCUGUUUCCCUCUAGUCCCAGCGACAAACCUCCGGAAUCAAUUGGUAGGGUGAAUGGAGAGACUUUACAACAGGUAAGAAGACAUUUUACAUUUUAGUCAUUUGGCAGACGCUCUUAUCCAGAGCGACUUACAGGAGCAAUUAGGGUUAAGUGCCUUGCUCAAGGGCACGUCGACAGAUUUUUCACUUAGUCGGCUCGAGGAUUAGAACCAGCGACCUUUCGGUUACUGGCACAACGCUCUUAACCACUAAUCUACCUGCCGCCCCCUUUACUAAUGAGUUGAAUUCACAUGUAGAAGUACAGAAAUUAUUUAACAAUUUUAAAUGUAUUUUCAUGAUUUUUAUAAAUGUAUAGAUAAUUACUUUAUUACAUGAAGUACAUAGUGAUGUUAUUAGGGAAAUUCUUGUUAUAUCUAUCCAGAGUAUACCGUCUCUUCUAAGCCUUUUCCAAUGUUGGUUUUCAUUAUGAGUUAUUAUUUCUUACAAAUAGUACAAUCUCACAGACAUUACCCUUGUCCUCCCCCCUCUCCAGAUGCCUAACAGUGAGUCCCCCUCCCCUCCUCCGGGGCUGACCAGACCCCCCAGCAGUCUGGUGGUUCCCAUCAGUGUAGUGGACCUCACUGCCCGCUCACCCUUCGAGGGGGCCGCUGCAGAGUCCCAGUCCCUGUUCUCAGACAACAGUAACUUCAGACACCCCAACCCCAUCCCGUCCGGCCUGCCCCCCUUCCACAGCUCGCCUAGAGGGGGAUCUGACUGGCCCAUGACCCCUGAACCACAGAGCCUCUUCGCAUCAGGUGGGUUGUGUGGGGCAGAGACACUGACACACACACUGUUAGCAGACGAUGCUUCCUUUGACAGUGCAGUGUCUGCUCCACUGCGUUUCAGCUAGACAGCCUUCAUUAUGGUUUGAAACAUAACCUCUAGAUAACGUUUCAUCCUUCUCUCCCUUCCCCAGACACAAUACCGGUCUCGUCCUCUACAGACUGGCAAGCGGCCUUCGGCUUCGGCUCCUCCUCCAAGACACAACAGCAGGACGACGACCUGGGCUUCGACCCCUUCGACAUCACGCGGAAGGCCCUGGCUGACCUCAUAGAGAAGGAGCUGUCAGUCCAGGACCAGCCCAGUCCCCUGGGGUCCCCUGGCCCCUUCAGCCUCCACCACCCCGGGUCCCACCACGGCCUUCACAUCCCCCCCUUCCAACCCCAACCAUUUCCCCAGCAGCAUUGGACCUCCACCCCGCCUUUCUCAGCUCCACCACAGGCAAAUGUAUAGUUCCUUUAGUUUCCCUGGUUCCCAGAGUCAGAGCAGUCAUCAUGGUGGAGGUCAGGCUGCCCAGGCUGCCGCUGCCUCUCAGCAUCCCUGGAUGGACAUGCCUCCCUCGGCCUCGGCACGCAGCAAUAACCACCUCCUCUCACACUUGAGCCACUCGGCCAACGCUGGAGGGGGACGCGGAAACUUCCUGGACUUGAGCAUGCCUCCUCAGCGCCACAGUACAGGGCUGGGAGGGAUCCCCAUAUCAGGUAGGUUGUUAUAAGACAUUUUAGUCAUUUAGCAGACGCUCUUAUCCAGAGCGACUUAGUUAGUGAGUGCAUACAUUUUAUUUGUAUUUAUUUUUCAUACUGGCCCCCCGUGGGAAUCGAACCCACAACCCUGGCAUUGCAAAUGCCAUGCUCUACCAACUGAGCUACACGGGAUAAGACCCUGUCUCUGUCUUCUGGGAGUGUUGAGGUCAGGGGUCAGUUAUAUGUCCUGUCUCAAUUCAGGAAGUAAACUAAAAUUGGAAUUGGAAUUUCAGUUUACAUCCUGAAUGGACUGAAUUGAAAUGCAAUUGACCCCAAACCUGUUUGAGUCAUGUUUAAUACAAUCUGUCCAGUAUGACCAUAACAAGCAUUGAAUGUCAAAAUGUCAUAAUUUUCCCUGUUUCUACCAUGUUAUUUUGACCUUGUGGGAAACAAAUUACAUGUAGAUAUAGUUCUGUUUUGGCCACAAGAUGGCAGUCCAAAGCCACCUGUGAAGAUGUGGAUUCAUCAAACGUCUUUAUUAAAUGUCUAGAAAUAUCUACCGUUUAUGUAUUUUUUUUACAGAAGCAAAUCAGCACGGCUUAUUUUCUAAUUUCUCCUUAAUGAAAUAAACAUGUUCUCUCUCUAGAAAGCAGCUGUUCUAUAGACGGCCUUAAUGUGAAAGAAUGGCAGGCUGGCCUGAGAGCUCUCCUACCCAACAUCAACAUCAACUUCGGUGGUCUCCCCAACUCCUCCUCCUCUUCCUCCUCCUCCUCCUCUUCCUCCAGUGUGAACCACAUCGGGCGGCCCAACUACAUGGGGGGCAUUGGUGGGCUCCACGGGCCAGGGGGAUUAUCACACAGCCUCAGCUGGGACGGUACGGCCAGCUGGAUGGACCCAGCGAUCAUCACAGGUAGUGAGUAACCCCAGACGCAUUUAUUACACAGGUAUUAUACGAUGAUUACUUUUAUUAUAUCAAAUUCAUUCUGUCUAACAAUUUAUGUUAUUAUUUACGCUAUUAACUUAUUAAGAUACAUUUGAAAGUGUUAUAAGCAGAGUCUUGACAUUUCAUCUUUAUUUAGCCAGGAUACUCUACUCACCAACAAUAGUCACUGUUUUCCAGGGAGGUCUGUAGAAAGCACUAAAGAUACUAAAUGGAAGUGGGGGCAUCUACUCUCCUACUCCAGGGUUUCUCAAACUGGGUCCGGGGACUCCCCUCCCCCUGGGUCCGUUGUGGUUUUUGCCCAAGCACUACACAGCUGAUUCAAAUAAUCAAAGGCUGAUGAUGAGUUGGUUAUUUGAAUCAGCUGUAUAGUGCUAGGGCAACAACCAAAAUGUGCACCCAGGGAGGGCCCCGGGACCGAGUUUGGGAAACCCUGUCCUACAGUUCCCACUCACCCAUCUCUCCCUCUCUCCUCUCUUCAGGCAUCCCAGCCUCAGCAGGUAACAGUUUAGACCUUUUCCAAGAGGACCAGAACCCUCCCCACUGGCUCAAGUCCCUCCAGGCCCUGACAGAGAUGGACGGCCCUGCCCUGCCUAGCUCCUCCCUUCCCCAGCAGCCCCAGAACCAGCAGCACCAUCCCCAGUCCCUCCACAGCCACCACCAUGGCCUCCUAGACCAGGCUGCCUCACACCCACACCUCCCCCUCCACCACAGAGCCGGCUCCGGCUGGGCCCAGCCCAAACAGGCCAUCCCCAGCCAGUUUCACAGCCCUCCCCCAGGCUUCCAGACAGCCUUCAGACCCCCAGGCCAGAGCGCUGCAGAGCUGCUACAGAGUACCGCAGCCGGGGACCGACACUAA